AUGUAUGUGAAAUGGUUUGAUACAGUAAUGUUUUACUAUGUCAAAUUUGUUUAUUAGAAAAUGACAGUUUCUAAAAAUUUUUUAAUUUGCCGCCGGUCCUGGUCCCAGUACGUCCCAACGCUCGCAGGGACCGGAACAUGGAAGCCGGAUGCCGGCAUCGGCUGGAGGAGAUGGCCGGGGACGCUCCAGGGGACGCAUCGCGGGAGCGAAGGACAAGGUAAGGGCUGCAGGGAAUCCCUAAGCAAUGUAAGCCCGAGUGUAGCUCGGGGUUACCGCUUUUGCUACACUCGGGAAUACCGCCAGGGAGGU